AUAUAUAAUAAUAAUCUUAUAAGAUUUCCUCCUCUUCUCAUUGCCUCUUCAGGCAGAAGAAGCUGAAGCCGAGUGAUCGAUCGAGUUCGAGCGACGAAUGCGUGUAUCUGUAAUUGAACUCGUUGGAUAAAGAGAGUGAGUGAGGCAGAGUUGUGAAAGCGGCGGAUACAGCUCCCGGCCAUAGUCCAUAGAUUCCGAAUCCCAGAGAGAGUGAGAGAGGGAGAGAAAUGCAGCAGUGAGGUGAAUCAAAUUGAGAAGAAAAUCCAGCGGGAGGAGAACUAUAAGUGCAGCUGGAGAUAGAGAAUUAGAGAUGAAGAUACAGUGCGAUGUGUGCGAGAAGGUGGAGGCGGCGGUUCUAUGUUGCGCGGACGAGGCGGCGCUGUGCUGGGGAUGCGACGAGAAGGUGCACGCGGCCAAUAAACUCGCCGGAAAACACCAGCGCCUCCCGCUCCUCAACCCUUCGUCUCACGUUCCUUCCUGCGAUAUCUGCCAGGAAAAGGUUGGUUAUUUCUUCUGCUUAGAGGACAGGGCCUUGCUCUGUAGGCAGUGUGACGUGUCCAUCCACACGGUGAGCCCUUACGUGUCAUCUCACCAAAGGUUCCUCGUGACAGGUGUCAAGGUUGCACUCCAGCACUCAUCCAACAGUGACAACAUCAACAGCAAUGGUAAUAGCAGCAAUGGGGGAAAUUAUCAUUUGAGUCCUCCCACAUCCAAUGCUUCCUCUGCCGACCUUCCAACUAAUAAGAAGGUUCGCUUAUCGCUAACAAGGAGUGUUUCCACCUCUGCUUCUACCCCAGCAAGCUUAUCAGAUGAACCCACUUUAGCAAUUCGACCAAAUUGGCCUUUAGAUGAAAUCCUUAACAGUUCUGAUUAUGAUUGUUGUUAUGGAUUUUCAGAUCUUGGUUCUUCCAGGAUUGGAAGCCAAUGAUGAUUGAUUAAGACUUUUCCUGUUAUUGUGUUCC